AUGAAUAUCAAAGAAUUAACUUCAUUUAUAAAGGACUAUGAUCUUAUGUUUACACAAAAACUAGUCAAAUACCUUGUGAUAAUCGGAAUAUCAGCUAUGAAAAGUAAAACUUAGGAUAUAUCGAUUGAGACGAUAAAACUUAUUGCAAGCUCUUGCAAACAAUAAAAGCUAAGAAAAGAGAUGGCAACUUUAAAAGAAAAAGUUAUCAAUAUCUAAUAGUCAAUAACUCCUAGAAUAGGGAAUUUCACAUUUACUGAGGAUAAAUAGUUAAGAAUUUCAAAAAGUCCAUUGAUCUAAUCAUAAUAUUCACCUAUUCAGAAGAAAAAGGAAUAAGCUAGUAAUAAGUGCAAAAAGAAUGUAUCGAUUUAAGAUUAAGAUUUAAAUUUCUUAUCGUUAAAUUUGAAAAAUAAAAGUAACCAACUCAGUACAAAAGUCGAAUAAUAAAUAAAAUAAACACAAUCUUAGAAAGUUAGUUAAAAUAGUUAUAAAUCAUCAAAGACAGUGAAUAUGGAUUAGAUAGCUAAUAACUUCUUGAAUUCUCCUUUGAUAAAGAAUCCUUUAUCAGUAAGAAGCCAAACUUAAUAAAAUGAACUCUAAUAUUUCUUUUAGAAUACAUGGAAAUAAUUUUGA